CGCGUUUCGAGUUGUUCUCAAGUAGCUGCUGAAACUUCGGCUGGCUACCUGGCCAGCCGGCCAGCCGGGCUGCUUCCUUCUGACUUCAGUGAUGGCUCAUGAAUCAUCAGUGGAACAUGAUCUUGAAGUGCAGUUAGAUCGCUAUGCUAUGGAACUGCCACCUGUGGAAAUGGCCAGCAGCCAGGGUAUCUUGCCUCUACUCCGACCUGUUCCUACUGAACAGGUCAACAGCCAAGGGUUACCACUGUUGCUCCAGCCUGCUCCACAGAUGUCCAUUGACCUGACAGAGGAAGAGGAGCUCUCUGUACAAGAGAGUGUAGAGACCAGCAAUCCAGGAUAUUCAGAGGAGCAAAGGCAAGGAUCUGGUGCUGCCCACAUCAUCCAUGCAUCUGCAGUGGAUUCAAUGAGCAGCUUCAUCAGUGGGCUGCAGAGACUUCAUGGCAUGCUGGAAUUCCUGCGACCUAUACCUUCAGACCAUAGUGUGGGGCCAGUGAGAGCAAGGAGGAGGAGAGGAUCUUCACGGAGGGCCAGAGCUGGAGGGUCUCAGAGGACAGACAGUGCCAGGUUGAGAGGACCAUUGGCUGCUUACUUUCAGGCAAGCAGGACCCAGCCACACAUGCCAGAUAUUAGAGAUCUUCCUGUGCCUGAAGACUUGGAGGUGUCUAGUAGUUCUGAUUCUGACAGUGACAGCUCUAUGGAGGAUGGAGAAGUAGUUGCCCAAGCAGGGGAACCUGGAGCUGUAGAAGAGCAAGGAGGUAUCUCAGCAGAGCAAGAAGUUACAUCUGUCAGUGGAGAUGAGCCCCUCCCCAAAAAGCAGUCUCCCCAGAAGCCCAACCCUUUUCGGCCUUCUGCUUCUAUGGAUGAGGAAGAAGGGGAAAUUUGCACAAUAUGUUUGGAACAGUGGACAAAUGCGGGAGACCACCGGCUCUCAGCAUUACGCUGUGGGCACCUCUUUGGGUAUUGUUGCAUUUCUAAGUGGCUGAAAGGGCAAGCACGAAAAUGUCCCCAGUGCAACAGGAAAGCCAAGCAUAGUGACAUCGUUGUGCUUUAUGCCCGAACCCUGAAAGCUUUGGACACUAGUGAGCAGGAGCGCAUGAAAAGUUCUCUACUGAAGGAACAGACGCUAAGAAAGAAGGCCGAGUUAGAAUCAGCACAGUGCCGGCUCCAACUUCAGGUUCUCACAGAUGAGUGCAGUAAGCUUCACAAUCGUGUUCAGGACUUGCAAAAACUUAUUGUGCAGCAUCGGAGUCAGAUUGUACAGGAAUCCAGCAGCUCCCAAGGACGUUUGCUGAGUGGCCUGCCCUCCAGCCAGAGCCAGCACAAGUACCACUUCCAGAAGACCUUCACAGUGUCUCAGACAGGAAAUUGCCGAAUCAUGGCAUACUCUGAUGUUCUGAGCUGCCUGGUGGUGUCGCAGCCUUCCCCUCAGGCCUCCUUCAUUCCAGGCUUUGGUGUUAAGAUGUUGAGUACUGCCAACAUGAAAAGCAGCCAGUACAUUCCAAUGCAUGGCAAACAGAUCCGAGGACUGGCUUUCAACAAUCCGUCCAAAGGCUUACUGCUCUCUGCUUCCCUAGACAACACCAUUAAACUGACCAGCCUGGAGACAAAUACUGUGGUCCAGACUUAUAAUGCAGGACGUCCUGUGUGGAGCUGUUGUUGGUGCCUUGAUGAGAAUAAUCACAUAUAUGCUGGACUGGCCAAUGGUUCAAUUCUUGUAUACGACUUGCGAAACACAAGCUGCCAUAUCCAGGAGUUAGCACCUCAAAAAGCCAGAUGCCCACUGGUAUCCCUGUCAUACAUACCCAGAGCUGCCUCAGCUGCAUUUCCAUAUGGUGGGGUGCUGGCUGGAACCUUAGAGAACGCUUCCUUCUGGGAAAUGAGAACAGGCUUUACUCAUUGGCCUCAUGUGCUGCCCUUGGAGCCAGGGGGCUGCAUAGAUUUUCAGACAGAGAGCAGCACCCGGCACUGUCUUGUGACCUACAGGCCUGAUAAAAACCACAACACCAUACGAAGUGUGCUGAUGGAGAUGUCUCACACUCUAAGUGACUCUGGAGAGCCAGUCUGCUCCUGCCGUCCCGUACAAACUUUCCUUGGGGGACCCACUUGUAAACUAUUGACAAAAAGUGCCAUUUUCCCAAACCCAGAGAAUGACGGCAGCAUUUUGGUGUGUACUGGCGAUGAAGCAUCAAAUUCAGCCAUGCUGUGGGAUGCUGGCAGUGGCUUACUGCUGCAGGACCUGCAGGCUGAUCAACCUGUCUUGGACAUCUGCCCAUUUGAGGUGAACCAUAGCAACUACCUGGCUACCUUAACAGAGAAGGUGGUCCACAUCUAUAAGUGGGAGUGACCAUGGUCUUGAAACCUUUCAGGCAAGCUGCUGAUUAACUUCAGAUGUUUGCUAGCACCUAACAGACCUGUGCAGGAUCCCUGCAUUUUGCCUGCAUCCUAGAACUUUUGGGAUCAUGGGUCAUUUGAAUUAUUAUGAUUUUAGGAGUCCAGUUGACUGAGACACUACACUGUAUCUACUGUGGCUACCAAAAGUAAGUGACUGGUACUCCGUCUACAUUAUCUAUUUCUUGUGUAUAAAGCCUUCGUGACUCUUUGUUGGGAAUCUUUAUUUUAUCUGACUUUUUGCUGAACCUUAGAGAAUAUCCUCUCAGGAAUCAUUUAGGAUAUGAGUGGGCACCAAGCAUUUUCUGGAGCACAUAUGACACCCUACCUGAGUGGUCUUGCCACUUGGGCUUUGGGAGUGCUGUUUGCAUCCUUGAAGUGAAUGAUUGAUCAUCUUGAUGCUGAUUUGAUGCAGUCUGGAUGCAAAAGAGUCUUAUUCGGUUGAACACAAGAGGGCACUGUAGAACCUUGUGUAGGAUUUGAUUCAUUUCUGAUCUUGAAGGUUGACGACCUCUUAGUAACGGUCUCAUCCCCACAGUAGUUGUGGUAGAGCACAUCUGGUGUACUUUUUGUCAACAACAUUUGUGUUCUGAGGACAAGGUGCUGGAACGUUUGCAGGCCCAGUAAUAGAGGCAGUAGAUGAACUAAAGAUCCUUUGCUAAUGCUAAAGGCAUUAAGUUUGUCAUGAAAUCUGUGGAAAGAGACCAUUUGUUUGAACAGUGGGGAAUGCUAGUUUUUCUAGCCAUCUUAGGAUCUCAGGAUUCAUUUUAUCUAAGCCAGUGCUUUAAAGACCACUCCUUUUACCUCCAGUUAGGCAAAGACGAGUGAUAUGUGGAAGUGUUUGCUUGAGUCUCCCUUACUGUCAGAGACCAGGAGCAAGGAUUAAGAUAACUUUAAAAAGAAGUUGUUUGUAUUGCGAUUGACAACAGAAAGAGGACUCAUGUCUUCUGUUUUGAGAGAAUAAAGCCAAUCUCUUGGAGUGAGGGGGCUGCUCUUAAGUGUGUUUGUAAUUCUCAAGUAAAGCCUUCCCCAUGUGAAAAUGAUGUGAUUCUGUGUUCCUCUGAUUUGCCUCCUUACCCAUUUCUGCCAAUGUCAGUAAAAUUCCUAGGAAUAAUGGUUGGAGACCUCUGUGAAUGAUAGGGAGGUACCCACCAACUUGCAUUCCACGUCUUGGAUUGUCCAAACACGGGAGCAGCAGUUCCCUCCAGUGGAGAGCUUAGUUUUUUUUUUUUGUUUGUUUUGUCUUGGGCCACUCUGGCAAAUCACUGUCCGCAACAGACCAUGCUUCAGGGUGUAGGCAGGUGCAGGGUGGUUAACAGCAUGACUUUUUAAAAUAAUUGUCAGAGAAAUGUUACGAUUUUUAUUAUAAAACACUUAGGACCUGUCAUCUCUUGAGCAGUUCCUAGGAUCUUUCUCUCCAGCAAGGGCUUAUUGCUGUAGAUUUCCCCAAACUUCCAAGUUCCAGUUGUGCCUUUUAAUAACCCUUUUUUUUUUGAGGAUGUCUUUUUUAAAAGCCAGCUUUCAGGGCCUAGGGAAACAUUCUUUCCCCAGGGGAAAUACUCCUUUUGAUGAUGAUUAAGAGUGGCUGCCCAGGCCCAGACCUUCAGUGGCUGAAUAGGAUUGGAAAUUAAAAAGCAGAACUCAUCUGGCGUCAGCAGAUUGCCACUGAGGGGAGAUAAGGAGUCAGGCCCUUGUCUUGGAGCCUGGGUGGGGUUAGGAUUUUACUUGCUUUGAGAUAAGUACACUCAACUGAUUACGAUUGAUUCCCCUAAGACAGUGGUUCUCAACCUUCCUAAUUCCGUGGCCGUUUAAUACAGUUCCUGUGGGUCACAACCUACAGGUUGAGAACCACUGCCCUAAGAGUAGGAAACAAGACUACCAGGGAAGUUGGGUGAAUCCUGUCUUGCCAAUUCUUACAUUACUAUAAAAUUUGGAUAUUUUGGAAGCAUAUUCAUGUGACUGUAACUGAUUCUCUAAAUUGAAAAAAACUUGUCCCCAGCCUCUAGGUUCCUGGGCACGACCAGGCUUUCCCCCUUCCCCGUGUUUUCUCACUCCUACCUCUAAAAGCUUUUUUCCUGUUUGAGGAUUGGAGUUGGCAAUCAGAAUAUUUUGUCAUUAUAUGAAUCUGUGCACCUGCUUUGAAAACAGGGCAAUGUGAUCUAUGUGUUCUAUGUUUUAAUAUUUCUUAUUUUAUG